UUUUCCUUCACGAUGACGAGUUUUAUCGAUAUCGAUUCAUCGCCGAUGUCAUUUUCAGUCGAAACCCUGCAUUUUCAUCCGCUGUUAAUUUCUCUCCAUCCUUUUUUCCUCUUAUUCGAAGCUCGGCAAGAAACAUGAAUCUCGACGCCCUAUUCGGAGUUCAUAUCAUUCAUGUAUGCCAGGUCAAGAGGGUCAGCUUAUAAUCUAUAAGCAAUCACUUCUUAUUUACUCUUUCCUGAGGAGCAGCCGGAACGUUUCCAUCGCAGACUCGUCCUGAAAAUCUCUGAUGGUACCCAUGGCUGAUUUAAUUUCCGAGAUUGAGAAGCGGAUUAACUUGCUGUCAGAGUGGCUUCAAGUUGAGAAAGAAUGCGAUGAAGCUGAGGCGGAGUUGAAACAGAUGGUUAAGGAAAAAGAGCAUAUGUAUGCCGUUCUUGCUGAAGAAAUAAUAACAUAUGAGAUUCGGAAAGCCAAUUCAAGAGCUGAAUUGAUAAAACUGCGCCAAAAAGUGGAGAUCGAUACUCAGGUACUAAGGGACGACUGUCGAAGACUUGAAGACGAGUUGUCCCGUCUCCUCAUCGCUCGGCAAACGCCAGAUGUGCCACCGCAGAGUGGAGAUUCCUCGUGCGAUAAAGCCGAAGCAACAUCUUCAGAACCGAGUGCUGUUGUUGAAUCCUCCAAGAGAAGGGUUGCGCACUGGAUAUGCAUGAUGUGCUUGGAGAACGAAGUGUGUAUGGUUUAUUUGCCUUGCAAGCAUCAUGUUGUUUGCUUUCCUUGUCACGAAAGGAACUUGAAUAUAGUCGGAGCAAAGUGCCCGGCUUGCCAUGUUGGAAUUGAAGAAAGCCUCAAAGUGUUUGGUCGAAGCUCCUAAAAGACUCGGGAAUUUUCAGGCAUGGAAAAUUGGUGUGGAAUUUCAUUUAUUUUGCUGUUUAAAAGUAUUGAAGAUGGAGAUGGAGUGGCCGUGUUUCGGACAAAAAUGAAAAAGCUCGAUUAUUGGUUCACUUUCUUGGCUUAUAUUUAAAGACAAAUAUAUAGUAACUGUUUUUACAGUCUAAAAAAGAAGCUACUGGGACCUGAAAAUUCAGUAGCUAUGGUGUUGCUACUGCGUAAGUUUAUGUAUUUUUUUUCAAUUAAUUUGUCGAAUUUGUCCUUGAAAAUUAGUUGAGUCAACAUAUUUCAGGCGUU